AUGUUACUAAUCUUUUUGACUCUUUUGAGUUACUCUUUGGCUUUUACCAGUGCUCUUGGAAGUUACUACGUGAAAUAUCCAGCUCCAAUUAAUGUAUUUAUGGCAAGUAAUGAGAAAUAUGAUAGAAUGAAAUGUACCACAUGUUGCCGGGUUCUUUUUGCUUCAGACUAUAACUUUCGAACUAAAACUGUUUUUAAAGAAACUGAUCCCAGUACAGACACUCGUUAUGUAAUGGAUAUGGAGUUUGAUGACAAAUCCUUAGUCCGUGCACACACAGGUAAUUGGGAACAAAACAUAUUGCUCCGUCCUUUGAAGAUGGGAAAUGAAUUACAAUUCUGGGAAUUUGCUUCAUAUAAGAUGUACACCUCCUUCCCAAUCCCAAAAAGAGUUCAUGAUAUCAGAGGUUCUGCUUCUAUUGGGAACACGUUGAUCAUCUGGAAUAAAAAACCUCCUUUGGAUGCAGGAACAAAAAACCAAAGAUUUGUUUAUGUCCACCCAUACAAUGAUUACCCAUCUAAUGAACGAUAUUCUGUGUACAAAAAACACUUCUACAUUCCUUUUGAAACUAAAACUGAUUUGUGUUAUCAAACAAAAGAUGUCAGAGAUUCAAGAUCAACUUGGGAUGGAAAUAAAAACUUGGUGGUGUUAGGAUCAAGCUUCCAAAUUGCUGCGCAACGUUGCAAGGCGUCGGAAGCAAAACAGAUAUUUACACCCAUUUUUGCCUAA